CCCGUCGGCUGCACGCGGCGCAGCCAGGAUGGCCCUGCAAUACGUGUGCCCCCUAUGCCCGUACGAGACCCGGGCACGGGGCAUCCUCUACCGACAUUUGCUCAUACACACCGGUGUUAAGCCGUACUGCUGCGAGAACUGCGGCCGCCGGUACGCCCUGCCCGAAACACUGCUCGAGCACAUGGCGGCCCACCGCAGGGAGCCGCCGUACCAGUGCGGCCGAUGCACGAUGGCACUUGACCACUUCUCCGAGUACCUGAGGCACCAGGUGUACCACAUGCUCAAGAGCAUCCACCGGUGCUCCUUCUGCGGCGAGGGCUUCGUCUGGAAGCAGGCCCUCAAGCACCACUCCAAGACUCACAAGGAAGGCAAACACCUGUUCCACAUGUUCUUUCGGAAGACUGCGGGAAGGCGGACCUCAACUCGGUACCAGAAUGAGAACGACAUGCCCUUGGACCUCAAGAUGAAGGUACCCGUUCAGACAGGCAAGGGAUCUCAGGACUGUCCCAUGGACAUGAAAACUGGCAACGGCUUGAGCAGGCUUGCUGAGCAGGACAGGUCAUCGGGUUACAGUCAGCAGCCUUCCCUCCAACCACCUCCGUUCGGCAGCCUCCUCACGCCAGGAGGCCCAUCACUCCUCGACAGCUACUUCAAGUUCUACAUGUACCCACACCUUGGAACACCCCUGCCCUACCAGAAUGGCGCGAGCCUGCUGUCGCCUGUGUUGCGCGCCUCACCCAAUGGCCACGAGGACGAGGACAUGCUGAUGGAGUCAGGCCUCUACAUCUGUCGGGUGUGCGGCUGGCAGUUCACCAAGGCUCGCUACCUCCGUGCCCACCUGCUUGUGCACCGCCGGCAAGAUGCCACCUCAAGACCUCCAGAGCCAGAGCCCGUGCCCAAGCGCCUGGACGUACCUGUGGUUUCACCAGUGUUCCAGGCUUCCUUCCAAAGCAUGCUUCACACUCCGGACGUGGGGCCGACAGAACCGGAGGCUGCCGAGUCUCCCGAGUCGUCCGGCAAUGCGCCGUCGUCUGCUCAUCGGUGCCCCAUUUGCCAGAAGGGCUUCUCACAGCCGUACAAGUUGCGCCGCCAUCUGGUGAUUCACGCCAGCCCCCGCAUUCACCAGUGCAACAUCUGCCAGAAGGUGCUGCCCUCGGUGACGGAGCUGCGAAGCCACAAGAAGCUGCACGGUCGAGCCAGGCAGCACUGCUGCGAGUAUUGCAAGAAGGACUUCUCGUGCUCAUCCACGCUGCGGCGCCAUGUGCGCAUCCACACAGGCGAGAAGCCCUAUCAGUGUGAGGUGUGCCUCAAGCGCUUCUCGGACCUGUCCAACAAGAACUGCCACAUGCGUACGCACACGGGUGAGAAGCCACACCGUUGCCAAGUGUGUGGCAUGCGGUUCUCCCUAAAAAAUGCCCUCAGCUGCCACAUGCGAAACCACAUGGUCUGAGUCGGGCCACUUUUGACGAAGGCAAACGCCUUCUUGCACACACUGAUCACAUUCUUCUCGAAGCCAGUUGCAGUGCUCUACACUGUAAAUGCUCUCACUCAUAGCAGCUUGCAAAGAUGAGUUAACGGUGUGCUAUGCUUGUAUUUGCUGCUCCUGGGAUACCGAGAAAAAAAGAUAGAUCUAUUAACACUCAUACGUAGGACUUAUAUUUCUGUAACGCCAACAGGUGCAAGAUGAGUUUAUUUUAAGUUCAUAAAUGAAGCAAGGCAUAGCAAUCAGUUCUGCGAAGACCCUCAAGGCAGAGGGUGGGUAAUGAAUAACAACACUGACAUUCAUCCACUUGUAGCAUGAAACUGAAAAGGAAAGCGGGAUAUUUAGAAUGCUUCACAAUCGAAGAAACAGUUGUUCUGGUGUUUAAUGUCUCCUUGCAAGAGUUAAACCUAAGUGACAAAGGCAUUUAGCACAUAACGCCGUUUACUUCAACAAAGAGGCCAAAUAGCAAAUUAGUGAAAACUGCAUGUGCUGCUAGGAAACAUAUUUGUGUUUCGAUUCUGAAGGUGUCUAGGCUUGUUUUCCUUUCUCUCUGCUCUUUCGUUGUCAUAUAAAGCAGCUUUGAGCAACUAGCUUCAUUAUGGGAACCCUUGUGGAGCGAAGUUUUGCAAUCAAGUCCAUGGGCCAAAAUAUGUAGUGAGACAUGACCCCACGUUUCCGUUGUGCGCCUCAUGUGAUGACGAAGCAGUGAACGGUGUUUAGUGUCUGUCAGUAAAGCAGGUGAUCGCUCUUUAAAAUUGACCUGUAGUGAAGUUUAAAGGACUCGUGCUUGGUAAAGAACAUACAGCAGAAAGUAGAUGCAGUUGUAAACAGCUCAGUGAAAUCUUUCAGUUG